CGGGCCGGGCCGGCCGGGCCGCAGGAGCGCCGCGGGUCGCGGCCGCCACCGGGAGAUGCGAUGACAACGUCAAUCCUGCAGAAGGCCAUCGACCUGGUGACCAAGGCCACCGAGGAGGACAAGGCCAAGAACUACGAGGAGGCGCUGCGGCUCUACCAGCACGCCGUGGAGUACUUCCUGCACGCCAUCAAAUAUGAGGCUCACAGCGACAAGGCGAAGGAGAGCAUCCGGGCGAAGUGCGUGCAGUACCUGGACCGGGCGGAGAAGCUGAAGGAUUACCUGCGCAGCAAGGACAAGCAGGGCAAGAAGCCCGUCAAAGAGUCGCAGAAUGACAACAAAGGGAGCGACAGCGACAGCGAGGGCGAGAACCCCGAGAAGAAGAAGCUGCAGGAGCAGCUGAUGGGUGCCAUCAUGAUGGAGAAGCCCAACGUGCGGUGGAGCGACGUGGCCGGCCUGGAGGGAGCCAAGGAGGCCCUGAAGGAAGCCGUGAUCCUGCCCAUCAAGUUCCCGCACCUGUUCACCGGUAAGCGCACGCCCUGGCGAGGGAUUCUGCUCUUCGGGCCCCCUGGUACUGGGAAGUCCUACUUGGCCAAGGCCGUGGCCACCGAGGCCAACAACUCCACCUUCUUCUCCGUGUCGUCCUCUGACCUGAUGUCUAAGUGGCUGGGAGAGAGCGAGAAGCUGGUGAAGAACCUCUUUGAGCUGGCGAGGCAGCACAAGCCCUCCAUCAUCUUCAUCGACGAGGUGGACUCGCUGUGCGGCUCCCGCAACGAGAACGAGAGCGAGGCGGCGCGGCGCAUCAAGACGGAGUUCCUGGUGCAGAUGCAGGGCGUGGGCAACAGCAGCGACGGCAUCCUGGUGCUCGGCGCCACAAAUAUCCCCUGGGUGCUGGACUCGGCCAUCAGGAGAAGGUUUGAGAAGCGCAUUUACAUCCCGCUGCCCGAGGAGGCGGCCCGUGCCCAGAUGUUCAAGCUGCACCUGGGCAACACCCCACACUGCCUGACGGAGGCCAACAUCCACGAGCUGGCCCGGAAGACGGACGGCUACUCGGGGGCAGACAUCAGCAUUAUCGUGCGGGACGCCCUCAUGCAGCCCGUCCGCAAGGUGCAGUCGGCCACGCACUUCAAGAAGGUCCGAGGUCCCUCGCGCACAAACCCCAACGUGAUCGUAGACGACCUCCUGACACCCUGCUCGCCCGGAGACCCUGGCGCCACCGAGAUGACCUGGAUGGAGGUGCCCAGCGACAAGCUCAUGGAGCCCAUCGUCUGCAUGUCGGACAUGCUGCGCUCUCUGGCCACCACGCGCCCCACCGUCAACGCCGAGGACCUCCUGAAGGUGAAGAAAUUCACAGAGGACUUUGGCCAGGAAGGUUAAGGGCUCCGGCCGCGGGCCGGCGGGGGCAGCCGGCCGUGGCGCGGCAGCGUCCUCGCAGCACCCGGGCUGGCCCCCCCGUGCCAAAGGGGUUCGUGUUCAGCUGUCUACUAAACCCAUCUCACUUUCAGCACCUGGCUGGGCGGCAGGGGUGGGGGGCACUGUCCUGGCCGGGCUGAUGCUACUGGGGGGAGGGGGUGUGGUCCAAGCACAGCCUGGGCUGCUGGGUGCCCCCCACCCUGUCCCGGCUGCUCCCCACUCUUCUUCCUGCUCUUUUUUUAUUUUUUAAAUUAAUGCUGCUUUGGGGUCUGUCUUGUUUAUAUGAAAAUAAAAACAAUGCAAAAACUUCA